UUGACGAUUAAAAGUUCAGGAAUUCGCAAACGACGUAUCAUAAUGAAAAAUAAAUUUUCGCGAUUUAAUGAAAAUCUUUCACGAAACAUGCGACAUUAUGCGACGGAUUUCACAAAUUUAAUUACAUUUAUUUGCCGUGCAUUAGAGAUUUUAAUCAUGCAAAUGACAGGCCAAGAAAAAUUAUUCGACGGAUCUAAUUAGGCGAUAAUUGUAUUUUGAAGAUUGGCGAAGCGUCAGAUUUUAAUGACUGAUUCGUGAUAAAAAGCGAAAUCGAUUUCAUCGCUUCCACUUUAAUGAUUUAUGACGAAACUAUUUACUUUGGUUAUAACAGAAAAAAACUCGUUCAAAAUGUACUCGUUUCUAUUCUGUGUUUUGCUCGGAUAAUUUCCACUGUUAAUUUUCGCUCGAUGAGUUAAAAAAGUAGUUAAAUUAGUAAUAAAAAAAUAUUUUUGAACCUUCUGAAUAUUAGAUCUAUCCUUAAGAAAACCUUAAGAUUCAAGAGUGAGUACUUAAUAUUUUUUUACUCUUUUCAUCCUCUAAUCAUUAAGAAAACCUUUUUUCUAGCUUAUCAUGGGUUCGGCCAAGUCCACAAUGAAAAGAGGAUGGUUGAUAAAGAAAGAGACCCCAUAUAUUUGGGACUGACGACCCAAGAAAUAUUCCUAGUGUUCUUCGUCCGAAUUCGGGCAGAUUUUUAUCUCGUCCACCCGACCGUCUUAAAGGACUCAAGAUUAUGCCUUCUGUUUUUGAAUAUGUACCCGUGCAAGAAUCUAAAAUUGUUAAUUGUGCCGACCAUGAUGGCGAUAUCUGUAGAGUCGACGUCUACUUUAAUGGAAGAUGUGAAGCAAUAUGCCAUCCCGAGUCGUGAAACUUUGCAGCGGUGACAUAUGCAAACUAUUGAAGUGCAUUGUUUUGGACCAAAAUCACAACUAUUUUCAGUAGUACAGGACAGAUUUACUUUAAAGAUGCGAAUAUGGAUAUCUGCAACGAUGCAACUUUGAUUACAAAAAAAAGAUGAGUAGAGAAACGAAAAGCAGAAUGCCAUCCCGAAAAUGCUUGAAACGGAUGAUGGUAGUGGUGAUGUCUUCAUCUCUGGCGGUCGGAGUGAUUUUUACUUUAAACUGGAACGAAGAGACGACCUGGAGACGUUAUUCACGUUCGUCUCAUUUACCUAGAAGAGUUUUUCGAGAAUUACUUAGUCAUCGACGUCCAGUCUCGCUGGCAGGAAACCGUUCGCAUUAUUUUCCGCGAAUAAAAUUGGAGGCAGAUCGUGGUUUCGAAUAUUCCAGAAACAAAAUACUUCGGAACGAUCUGCCAAAAUCAGCAAGAAACUCUGACGAAGCAGAAGAGAUGCCAGCCGAAACCGAAGCGGACGGUGGAUGGAUUGUGUUGCCCAAUAACGUCACUAUCCAUGUAGGCAAUGUUUCUAAUCCACACAAUUAUACUUAUCUUUUUAAACCGCGGCGUAUCUGCCAAACCUUCGAUCCUGAUCAUCUUAAAUUGCUGAUAUAUAUCGAAUCAAGUGCAUUGAACAUGGAAAGAAGAAAAGCCAUCCGGGACACGUGGGGUCUCCUAGCUCUACAAAGAUCUCUGAACUUUAGAAUCGUUUUUGGACUAGGACUAGCUGGUGAUCCACGGGCACUGGAAAAUAUCUCUAGAGAAAGUUAUCGCUAUGACGAUAUUCUCCAGGAAAAUUUUUCUGAAUCAUUUCGCAAUUUGGCAUUAAAAUCGGUCAUGGGAUUGAAGUGGGCAGUGACUCAUUGUCCAGAGGCGGACUAUUUCAUGAAAACGGACGAUGAUCUUUUGAUUCACGUGCCUAACUUACUGAAAGUUUUGAAGAAAUAUUCACCGGAAUAUCGAAACAUCAUCUGUCAUAAGAAUCGAGUAAGGAGAAUCCUUAGGAAGGAAUUGGGGGAAAGAAUACCUCCUGCCUAUGGGAAAUAUAUGGUAACAGAUCGUGAUCUACCGGGCCAGUUUUUUCCACCUUACUGUGCAGGAAUGGGUUAUGUUUUUCCUCAACAGGUGGCAAAAGAUUUAUACCAGGCUGCAUUGGUUACGCCCUAUUUUUUCAUUGAAGAUGCUUAUAUUACGGGUUUUUGUCGGCAGAAAGCUGGCGUAUCUCUUUCUGAUCAUCCAGAAAUUACUCUAAAACCCGCCAUUCUGACACAACAAGGAAGUUGUGCUUUCAGGGAAGGAAGAAUUACUUCACAAGAAAUCACUCAUUUACAGAUGAGAGAAAUAUGGGAAGAGAUUAACACUCAAGGUUACUUUUGUCCCGAAGUCAUCGGUUAUAUUAGUUAAGUUUUCAAAAACGUCAACUCUAACAUAAAAAGUGUGCCAUAUCUGCUUUCGAUUCUAGUUAAGGGAGAGAAGGGAAAAAGUACACACUUUGUUAUUUUUUGCAUUUUUCGGGUUUAUUAUUCAGAAUAUAUUUUGCCUCAUACAUUAGAAUACAUUUUGUCUGAAUAUAUAUCAUUUUUACAUCUUUCCGCUUGGCUACGUUAGAAAGAAAGAAAAAAAAGUACUUUUGACAAAAAUUUAAAAAUAGGAGAUUCCAAUGCGUAAUCUUACCCUGGAGGUUAAGAGUAAGCAACUUAUCGCUUAAGAGUACUCACUAAUAACAAUCACAAAUAAAACCUGUGCCUUUAUAGCCUAAACACUGUGGCCAGGUGGCGGAGCGGUCAAGACGGCAGCCUACCGCUCUGGGGAGCCAGGAACGAAUCCGGACUGGGUUGAAAAAUACCCUGGAAUUUUUCGGGGGAGUGAUCCGUUCGGAUAUGUCCCUCGCCACCCACCCGUCCCAUUGUAAGCCUAGCCAAAAAAGAGGCCCUCCUAGUGUGUCCACAGGGUGGAAAGAGUUAAAAUAAAAUUGUCCACAUUACACGCAGUCAUCAUCGAAAGAUUCUUCGCAGCCAGGACAAAAAACGCUUGCCUCGUUAUAAACCUAUCAACUCGCGAAGUAGAAGCUUACUGGUCAUUUUUCACUAAUCCAAGUCCUUUUUUGCGCCUAUUCUAUUUUUAUCUUUUUUAUUUUUCGGUUUUAUCCUUUUCCUUCUGCUCUUUUCUGACUUUUAUAUAACAAAUAAAAGAAUCUCUGACUUGAGUACUGUCCGGCAUUGCUAUGAGUAUUCUUAACCUCAGAGACAAAAUUCUAUAAACUUUGAGUUGAUUUCCGAUAGAGUGUAAUUCCAGCCAGACAUCGACACGAAAGCUACCCCAUACUUUAGCUUUGACCCCUAGCUUUAUCCCUUUAAAAGCUUUACUUUCACAACCCAAGCAACAAAACUGAGAAAGCUUUUAGCCUGAGUUUGCAAAGUAACUUCCGGAAAUACAAACUGCUUACUAAGCUAUCAAUGCCCUAGCGACUCACAGACCAAGAAAAGUUGGCUCCAACAUACUUUGUCAUCAACAGUAGAAUGUGUGCACGGGAAACUCUUCAGUGUUACCAAAUUUGAGAAACACGCAAUGUGUACUCUUAACCUCCUCUCCCUUAUACAGAUUAUCAAUUAAACUUGAUUAAACCUCAAUGGAUAUUGGUGAAUAUUUGUAUGAAAAUAAUAAAAUUAAAACAAUAUAUAAUUAAGAAAAACUAUUUUCACUAAUAACGACGAAUUAUUUUUAGGGCAUUAUUUUGCUUAUUUUAAAAAUAAAAUAAGUUCCUUGUUAUACGGACAUAACACUGUCUCAUACUAGCGACAGAAAAAUUGUAUAUUGAAACAUGUAUGAUAUUUUAUUGUAUAGAUUAUAUUAUUCAUUUAAAAUAUUUUUGGCAUUAUUUUACAGAAAUGACGAGAAUGUAAUUCUGUCAUAAAAAGUUACUGUAAUUCUUC